UUUCACAAUAGAUUUCAUUUGAUUUGUUGCAGUCCUUUGAAGUAGCUGCUGGAGAACAGCACAAGAUUUGCACAGACAAAUGGAUGAAGACUAUUAUUUAGAUGAUAAUUCCUCAUAUGAAUACCUUUAUGAAACCAACGUCUGUGAAAUGGGUGACUAUUUCACUUUUAACAUCUAUCUCACUGCUGUCCUCUACAUUCUGGUAUUUUUCCUCAGUCUGCUAGGAAACACUUUGGUGUUAUGGAUCCUACUGAAAUAUGAAAACCUUACAUCUUUAACAAACAUCUUCAUCAUGAAUCUCUGUAUCUCUGAUUUAGUCUUCUCCUGCAUGCUGCCUUUUUGGGUAGUGGAUCAGUCCUUUGGAUGGAUUUUUGGUGAGCUCCUUUGCAAAGCAUCAAAUGCUAUUUUCUCCAUUGGCUACUACAGUGGUGUUUUCUUUUUGACUCUCAUGACCAUCCUGAGGUACUUGUUUGUGGUGAAUCCCCUUUCAACUCUGAGAUCCCAGACGCAGUGCUGUGGUGUUCUGGUGUCCUUGGCUGUUUGGACUGUUAGCAUCUUAAUUGUGGUUCCUGAGGUGAUUCACACCACAGUGCAAGAAGACUUGGAAGGGCGCAGGUUCUGUGAUUAUGCCAAUGGGAAUUGGAAAAAGGUGGACAUUUACGUGAGAAAUGUACUCUUCCUGUUUUCCUUUGGAGUCAUCGUAUUCUGUUACUUCAAGAUACUCAUAAUCCUGCUUAGAGCAAGAUCUCGCAGAAAGCACAGAACUGUGAGACUCAUCCUUAUUAUUGUGGUGGCUUUUUUCCUGUGCUGGGCACCCUACAACAUCCUCAGCUUCCUGACUACUUUUCCACCACCUACCUGUCAGUACGUGAAAGACUCCAACCUUGCCUUUCACAUCAGCCGUAAAAUUGCUUUCUCCCACUGCUGCCUCAACCCUGUGCUCUAUGUAUUUGUUGGAGUCAAGUUCAAGAGGCAUUUGGCACAGUUAUGCAGUCUGUGUUUACACUCCAGCAAUGGUCAAGCCUCCAGCCCCAGGACCUGCAAUGAAGGCAAAUUCCAGCACGAAGGGACAUCUCUCUAUUGAAGCAGGACCUAACUAUUAGGACUAAUCCUGAAUGAACUUUCAGAUUUUGCAUGCUAUGGAUAGCCUCUAGAGGCACUUCCCUGAGAAAGACACACAAAUUUACUCUUUGCAAACAUGCUGUGUAUGGAAAAUAACAAAAUGUGUUUGCAGUGGGAUGAAGAGAUGAGAAUGCCAAGAAAUUACUUUACUGGCCUGAAAAUCUUAAGUUCACAAUUUCUUGAACAGUGAGAUGGAUUUUCUCUCACUUAUACUCUCUUUUGAAAAGAAAAAAAAAUGCUUUUUCCUUUGGGCAUUAAAACAUAGGUUUUAUGUUAAAAGUUGUUGCAUAUCUCUUUCUUACCUGACUUAAAAUACUUGUAUAUAGUGAUAGACACAUGGGUAUUUUUGUAAAUUUUAAUGCCUUUCCAUGUUUAUCACUUUACUUAUUGGUCUUUUUUUGUGGAGAGUGAUGUCUCUGGAUUAACUGUUCUGACAAUAACUGUGAGACCUAAGAGUUUCUGAAGUUCUCAGGGCAAAUGUUAUUUUAUCUUUUGAUAGAUACAUAUAUAUACAAAACUAGCUUUGUGUAAAAGUAGUCUUUUGGGUCUGAAAUUUAUAACUUUAGGAGGGCCCUAGAAGGAACACAGAUGCUAAACAGAUACUUCACUAAGAUAUCAGUUUUCCUUCUCUUACUGCUCUUUGCCAUAGGAUUCUUCCAGUUUUAGAAUAUGAUUUCAGAUGAUUGCAGCAGAUCAACAGCUCAUCUCCUGAGCAGGAGCAUAUUUGUCUCUAAUUGCUCUUUCCCUCCUUUUCUCCCUUUGCCAUGGUCCUGAGAGCACUUAAACUUUUAAAUAGGUUAUAGUGCAAGAAUAAAAGGCUUUUAAAUAGCCUUUUAGAAUGGUUUGAAUAAAACCAUUGAAUAGAAUAAAAAUGGUUUGUUUAUUUGUAAAAUUGAUGUUUGGGGUUUUCUUUUGGUUUGUUUUUUUGUUUGUUUGUUUGUUUGUUUUGGAUUUUUUUUUUGUUGUUGUUGUUUUUUUUUAAGAUAAACUGAUAUCCUCCUUCAUUCUAGCUCAAUAGGUAUUUUUAACCCCAGGUAGUGCAACAUAUGGUACAUACUCCAAAGUAGCUGAAUGACAAAAUCCCUGGAAGCAGAAUAUUUAAUUUCCCAGCAUUUAUAUAGAAAGCCAAAGUAGUUUUGCAGUGGCACCAAGCAAUGGUUUAGCAACGGUUCUAAGUCACAAUUUGGCUUUUCAAGCAUCUGUUUUAAAAUGUCUAUGCUGUUUCUACACUAUUUCAUUUGAUCUCUAAAGAUUAUCUGGAGCAGACAACAGAUUCUUCACAGCUGCUGUGUAGUUUACAAAAAGGAGAAACUCAGGCAGGCCCAUAAUACAGUAUCCUAUUUCUGAUUAUACCCAGAAGCAAGAUUACCUAAGAAAAGCAUAAGAAUGGGGUGAACGUAUAUGACAUAGACCAAUACAGUCCAUAGUUUCUAGUUUGUGCUUUGGUUUGGUUGCCAGAACAAAGUGUUUGUAUCAUGUCCCUAAUCAUCAGAUGCACCUUUCUGAACAGAUCAGUCCUGGUAUCUCACUACAGUUACUGCGUACAAUGUAAAAAAUUUAAAAGGGGACUCAUUAAUUCUACAGGGCUCCAAUUUACUUGUGUUCAGUCAAACCAUGGAAAGACAGAAGUUGUCAUUUUUUCUGGCUGUGGUGGAGACCAGCAUUUGGCAAUUGCUUCCUGACCAGAAACAUUUGAAAUUAAUGAGGCUUCAAGAGACUUUGGGCUGGGGACUGAAUACUGUCAAUUAUUGAAGAGAUAACUUAUUGAAAGACAAAUUGGUCCAAUUUCUUGUAUUCUGGUAAGCCAGGACCACUUCAUUGGUACCAGCAAAUCUCCACAUGAGGAAAAUAUCGUGACCAUGAGUACCAAGAAGGUCUCAUGCACCUACAUAAUUUCAACAAGCUGUCAUUCAACUCAUUACCCUGGAGCCACAUGACUGUGAAAUAUUUUUGUAUAUAUUUUACAUCUCUCUAAAACAAAGUUGAGAAUUAUAAUAGAAGCACAAAGUCUGAAAUAAUCCUGCUCUGCCCAGUAUUUAGCAAAUUAUUUAAAUCUGCUUGUAACUUCAGCAUAUUUUGUUAUUUUGUUGCAGUGUAUCUGAAUAUGUAAAAAGAAUUCUUGAUAUUACCCAACUGUAUUGCUGCCAUAACCAAAGUAACUCAGAAUGUAGACAUGCUGCCUCCUGAUAUAAUGAAGUAGUAAUAAACAUUC